AUGAAGGUCUUAGCCUUCUUCGUGCUCGCUUUGAUAUCAAGCGUAUUCGCCUAUACGGAGUAUGAAAAUGCUGUUGCCUGUGGACGAAAAAGCCCGGCGACGAAUCAAGCCAUCAGCGCGUUCUGCAAUAGGAGGGGUCCUAAAGGAAAGUUGUUGAACAACAUCGUGGCGCCUAGCCCAUACUCGAGGAACGGCAAGACUGGACAAWCAUUCGGCGUUACGAUCGUGGCUAGCAUCACCGGCACCUGCUCUCCUGCACAAUGGGUCCCAAUUACCUACUGCAUCUCACAGUUCCAGAGCAUUUGUGCCAACUCGAACAUGCCGUUCGGACAGGGGAUCAAGCAUUAUGGGAUACGUAAGUGCCAGAUGUGGGUUCUUAGAAAAAUAUGA